UUACUCCGCUCAGUAUUCUACAGCCCAAUUCAUGGCUAUAGAACUGAUUCCCAUGAUAAGCUGAAUGAAACUCUCGGGGCAACAGGCAUGUUAUAUAAAGGGCGACAGGCAUGAGAUAUAAAGACCUUUCUACUGAUCUGGCAACCCUCGCCACUUUGGAAUUUGUUCCGAAUUCAACGUUCGUAGUUCUGCGACAACGUAAGAGUGUGUGCCCAUGUCUCCUCUGCACCUUCGGAGCCUGGCUUGUGGUCUUGGGUCUUCUGUGCUUGCGGUGCUACUGGCGGUCAGUUUAGGAGAGGAGGCUGCGGAAACCGGAAAUGACGUCAGGCCCAACUUCAUCCUCAUGAUGGUCGAUGAUCUGGGCAUAGGGGACGUCGGCUGCUAUGGUAACGACACCAUAAGAACCCCCAACAUCGACCGGCUGGCCCAGGAGGGGGUGAAGCUGACCCAACACAUCGCUGCCGCCCCGCUCUGCACUCCCAGCAGAGCUGCUUUUAUGACUGGCCGCUACCCGCUGCGCUCAGGGCUUGGCGGCAGUGGGAGGGUGCAGGUCCUUUUGUUUUUGGGUGGGUCUGGAGGUCUCCCCCAAAGUGAAAUAACUUUUGCCAAGCUCCUUCAGAGGCAGGGCUAUAGCACAGGGAUUGUGGGAAAGUGGCACUUAGGUGUGAGCUGUGAGAACCGACAGGACCACUGUCACCACCCAAACCAGCAUGGCUUCGACUACUUCUACGGCCUGCCCUUCACCAACAUUAACGACUGUAAGCCGGGGGCGGGGAAGGAUAUCCUGGUGGACCUGCAGCGGGCGUUACGGGACCUGACUGUGCUGGCGGGCCUGGCCGUGGCGACUCUGGCCGCUGUGCGGUUCUGCGGCCUGCUGGAGAUCAGCCUGAAGGUGGUCGUUCUGCUGGUGGCCCUGGUCUUCCUGGGAGCGGCUGUCUGGUACGCGCCCUUCGCAGACAUGCGGAGGUGGAACUGCAUCAUCAUGAGGAACCAGGAGGUGGUGCAGCAGCCCAUGGACCUGGGCACUCUGACGCAAAGGCUCAUGGGAGAGGCCGAGCGCUUUGUGGAGAGAAACCAACACAAUCCCUUCCUCCUGUUCCUCUCCCUGGCUCAUGUCCACGUCCCUCUCUUCGUGUCCGAGGGCUUCGCCGGGAAGAGCCAACACGGGCUGUACGGUGACAACGUGGAAGAGGCGGACUGGAUGAUCGGCAGGAUGGUUCAUGUGGUGGACAGGCUGGGCCUGGCCCAGAACACCCUCCUGUACUUCACGUCCGAUCACGGGGGCCACAUCGAGGACGGAGACGCGCGGGGCCAGAGGGGAGGCUGGAACGGGAUCUACAGAGGGGGAAAGGGCAUGGGGGGUUGGGAGGGGGGGAUCCGGGUGCCUGGCGUGUUCCGCUGGCCCGGCCGGCUGCCAGCGGGGAGAGUGAUUGACCAGCCCACAAGCCUCAUGGAUCUGUACCCCACCCUGGUCACCCUGGCCGGGGGACAGCUGCCCCAUGAUAGGGUGUUGGAUGGCCAUGACCUGAUGCCUCUAAUGGAAGGCAGAGUGCAGCGGUCGGAGCAUGAGUUCAUGUUCCACUACUGUGGAGCCCACCUGAACGCCGUGCGCUGGCACCCUCCAGACAGUGACGCCAUUUUCAAGGCCCACUUCUUCACCCCCAACUUCUCUCCGGAGGGGGCAGGGGGUUGCUACAACAUCACCCUCUGCUCGUGCCAACCGGCACUGGUCCGGCACCACCGACCGGCCCUGCUGUUCGACCUGGCCCGGGACCCGUCCGAGAGCGCCCCUCUGUCCCCCAGCACGGAGCCGCGCUACGCCGAGGCUCUGCGGAGGGUGGGGGAGGCGGCCGAGGCACACGCCAGGACCCUGGGGCCCGUCCCGGAGCAGCUGACCUGGGAGAGGGUCCUCUGGAGGCCUUGGCUGCAGCCCUGCUGUGGGACCUUCCCCUUCUGCUCGUGCUCAGAGGCCAACGUCACCACGGCCCGGCUGGGCUGAGACUAAAACGUCCUCCGGAACGUGUUCGUAUCUGUUCAAUUUUUUAUUUUAUUUUAAAGAGGUGCAUAACUGAAUUUCCCAGAUGGGACAGAAAUUUUUUUAUUUUUUUAUUUUUUUUAGCUGUGGCAUGUAACUGUUGAUCGGAGUUUGAUAUUUUCUAAUAAUUUACGAUAAAGCAAUCUUUGUUUUAAUGCCCAAACACUCAUAACUGAAUAACAAGGACUUGGAAGUGUCCUGGAUGUCAUUUCUGCACUGCGUGAUGUCCCUUUGCAGGAGCGGUUCUGCAUAGUGAGCACGGAUGUGGCCUGCUCCUCUUUAUCCAACUUUAUCCAACUUUAUCCAACAUUUCCUGACACAUUUCCUUCCAUGACAUACUAUAAAUUCACUGAAUCUUAUGGCACAACUAGUUUUGAUUUUUGGCUUUGAGACCAAAAUAAAUGUGUAAGUUACUUUUGCAGACUUUGCUCCCUGGCUAUGGGUAUGCACUUUGCACUUUGUUGCAAGUUGCUCUGGAUAAGAGCAUCUGCCAUUAAUGUAAUGUAAUGCUAAAUUUUAGCUCAUUGUCCAGGUGAUUAAGUAGCCUGCUCUAUUAAUCCAUAGGAAUGCUGUUUGUCCGAAUUCUGAAAGGAACAAAUUCCUUUUGGUUUUAAGCUUGAUUGUAACAUAAUAUGCUUUACCACAAUCACUUGAUUUCAAUGUAAUAUUAAGUUUUAAGUUUUAUUGAAUGCUUGGUUGCUUGUAAGGUGUACCAAUUACUGUAAGCUGGAAAAAUAAUAAAUCUGCGAAACAUUUCUCCA